AUGCCUCACGCUCAUGACGCUGAACGUCGUAAAAAGCUCAAAGCGGUGUGGAGUCACAUUGCGAAGAAAACAAAGGAGCCUGACGUGAACUCGGCGAAUACUAGCCAUUCUUCACGUCGCCAAAAAUGUGCAACGGACUACGGAAUCGAAAACGCCAAGAAAAUCAGUGACGUGUGCACGAAUGGUAGAAAUCAAAGUGUGAAAGAUCUUCUUCAACUACAGGAUCAAGGAGCUGAAGAGGAAUCAUUUGAGAAAGUAGAAAAUGCCCGCCCUGCAAGAACACAUUUCACGCAGUAUCGACUA